CACAUCUAGUUUCGUGCCAUGUCUGUAGCAAGCUGACGACUUUACCCACCGUGUUCUAGAUGGGUUUUAUAUUUUCAAGUGAUAACUUUGUACUCUCAACGCUGACUAAUUAAAUAGGUACCGGGAUGGCGGCAUUCGACCCCCGCAUGUUCCAAAUGCACGCGGGGUUGCAUGCUAAUGCAAUGAACAACACACCUCCCAGAUACCCCCAGCAGACGACCAACUCCAUGCACGGUCAACCAGCCGCUCCGGUGACCCAACAGAGAGCCGGAAGUUCGUCCUCAGACUCCAGACCAAAAUCUGGGCCUGGGUGGGAGAACACGUACAGGACUGCCCAAAACAUUGGGUUUCCAGACACCAGGCUAACGUUUGGUGAAACGACGGGGGAGUUUCUGGAAGAGCUGGCUCGCGGGAUUGGCUGUCCGGUGGAGUUUGUCUUGGUGCCGUUGUUGUCGUGUGUUGGAAGCCUUCUGGGCACCAACACCAGCAUACGAGUACACAAGUCUUGGAGUGAGCCGCCAGUUAUCUGGACAGUCGUGGGUGCCAACGCUGGGUCCAGACGGUCUGCAGUGGUCAGACAACUUCUGUCUCCCAUCCUGACAUUACAGGCGGAGGUUCAAACAUCUGACAACCGCUCGGGAGAGGGGGGUGAGGACAUAUCUGCUACGUCAAGCAAACUGUUGGAACAAAAUGGAGAUUUAGAUACAAGUCCAGUUACAUCUCACGCAAAGAAAAGACAGAGAAGAGCUCUCUACUCAGGCAACAGGCUAACGCUUGCGAUGUUGACAGAGAAUCUACAACGAAACUUUGGCCACGCAUUUUGUGUGACAGAAAAUGUGGAGAAUCUCCACGAGAACUUGAUGCAGCCCAUGACGUCAACUAAACUGAUGUCAAUAAUGGAGGAUCUGUACGAAGGACUUCCGCUUGUGACUGUUGAAGAUGGCAAGGUUACCACUUUACCAGGAUCCUGUUUUUGUUAUGGAGGUUUUGCCCGCCCCGAGUACGUCGUGUCCCUGAUGCUCAAGUCCCCGCCCUGGCUGUCUGCACGUCUGCUCCUCGUCUGUCCCCAGUCGGACGACAUGAAAGGCGUCUUUGGUGAAGCCACGGCAAGCAGAGAUUUGCCAGAGCUGGUGCAGAUCUACUCCACCCUCCUGGACCAACACAAGACACGGAGUGUGUAUGUUUUUGAUAGAGAUGCCGUGCAGGAACUGAGCAGGUUUUUUGAUGAAGAGUGGUCAACUGUUUUAAAUCAGCUCGAUCAGAAUGAACAUGAGGGAAUCAUAGGGAAAUCCAUGGGUCAGAUCGUUCGUCUGUGUGGCAUUCUUAAAGCCCUAGACAACAGCAUUUACUCAGCCAUGGAAUCUUGUAUAAAUAAAGAACCGAAAUGGGACUGGACUAUUGAAAGAGGUACUGUUAUAAAAGCAAUAACGUUAGGAAAAUAUUUCUUAGAACAAAAGUUGGCCAUGACCUUUAUGGUUGGGACAGGAUUUUUCAACCAAUCGCCAGCCAUAUCAUGUGACCCAAACGGCAGCAUGGACAACGUAACAACUCUACCACAGACUGCCAUACAGGACAUCAAACAGCAGCAGAUUUCAUUUUUCAGCCCACAACCAAACUCAGCACCCCCCAUCAGCCACCCCACUACCCCAAGAACUAGCUUUCAAGAGAACUCAAACAUUUCAUUAAACAGUUUACAACAGACGCCAAAUUCUGCAUUUCCUCUAGUGAAGCAAAUUGGAGAUGUCGACUUCAGUAAUUUACCUCAAACAAUGACCACAGCAGAGGAGGAUGUGAGUGAGAUGAUGCAAGCAGUGGACUUUGUCCACCUCUCUAAGACACAGUUUGUUGCAGUCCACGGCAGGAGGAUCAAACGUCUGCUAGAGUGCUACGAUGACGGGCACGGCGUGUCUGCAACUACUGCUGCUCAAAAGUCCAUCACCCCGCCUGUCAGAAUUGAAGGCACCAACAACCGGCAUCCAGCCUGGGCAAGCGCUCUUUUCUUCCAGAAAGUUGCUGACCUUGAACUUGGGAAAGCUGAGCAGGGCAGACACCCCACAAACAGGAAAGUCUGCUGGAGGUUUAAAAGGAAACCUGUCAACGAACUGCUGGAGAAAGAUUUGCAGUUGCUGCACUACUUGCGGGUUGAGAUGGACAAAUACUCCCAGUUUGGCCCAGGGCCAUUUAACCCCAACAUGCUAGUCAACUCCAGCCUGAUGGCCAUGCCAGCCAUGAACAAUUCUAGUCCGCGCCAGAUGGGAUCAAGUCCCCUAGAUGGGAGGAUUGAUGACGACUCAAACAGCCAAAACAGUUCAAGAAAUUCUAUGACACCGACAAUCAAAACUGAGAUUUUCUAAACAGUUGCACAUAUUUACAUGUGUAACAUUUACAAAUGAUAAUACUUAAUUUUAAUAUUACUCGUUUCAGACAAAUAUGUAAAUAAGAUAAUUUGUAUUAUUUUAAUAACAAUGUUACUGACAU